GUGCGUUACUGAAGAGAAGCCUUUGCGUAUCCUUCGUUACAAUUGGAAAGCAGGACCUACUAGACUGGGGUGGCAAAACAUUCGCCGUCUUCCUAUCGAAAUCUCGAGCUCAAUUGCCCUCCUCGUGUCUCUGGACGAUCGCCAGGCCGUAUUGCGAUGGAGCGAUCGGUCCCGUGGCCGGAACUCCCGACUGAGUUGUGGGCGAUGAUCGGGCGAAAGCUCGACACCCACAUGGACGUAGACCGGUUUCGCAGCGUCUGUUCGUCCUGGCGUUCCUUGAUACCUCCUGUCCCGGCGUUCAAAAUCAGAAUUGGAGGGACCCUCAUUGAACGCAUGGUCUAUCUUCUCGAGCGACCACCGUGGUCUCUGGAGGACUCGCAGUGCUCUCCGUCUCGCGAAGGUUGGUUGAUCAAGGUCGCUGGAAAGGCCACAGAAGAUGAGGACUUAAGUGGUCAAGGCAAGUUUCAGCUCUUCAAUCCGCUCUCAAGCCUACCCAUCUUGUUCGAAGACGGGACCUUUCCUAAGGUUUUGUGUCCUAUGGAUUAUAGGGUCACUGACAUUUUUUCAGAACUUUAUCUCAUAGGAGGGUAUGGACAAAGUUAUGAAGCAAAGAAGGUGGUCAUACUUCGGGAUUCUCCAGGGACCGCUCUAGAGGAGACUUUGGUUGUUGGGAUUUUUGGUAAAGGGAAGCUAAAGUAUUGGAAACAUCAGGAUGAGGAUUGGAAUGCGUUGGACGAUCCGAAUUGCCAAUACGAUGAUGUCAUUGCUUACAAAAGGCAGUUUUAUGUUGUUGAUAGGUUUGGCAUUGUGUCCUGGAUCGAUCCUUCUUUUAAGAUCGUGCAGUUCUCACCUCGUGUUUGCGGCGACGGCAGGGUCGGGGACCGGAAGCACCUGGUGGAGUCAGGCGGAGAUCUCUAUGUGGUGGAUCGAUAUUUCGAUGAGGAGGAUAAACGUUGUGGGAUGGCUGCGAUGGAUACUGCUAAUUUCAAGGUUUAUCGGCUGAAUCAAGAAUGGGGAAAAUGGGAUGAGAUAAGGGAUCUCGGUGAAGUUGCUCUCUUUCUGGGCGAUUACAGUUCCUUCUCGGUGAUGCUGAAAGGAUUCAACGGAUGCAAGGGGAACUGCAUAUAUUUUACAGAUUGCAGAGACAGGAGAGUUCGAGUAUUUGAUAUGCCGGAUCGCAGCAUCAAGAAGGCAUUGUGUUCGCCCGAUCACCUGAGGAUCCUGUGGCCACCCCCGGCUUGGAUCGCCCCGAAUGGGUUCGUCCUGAGUCCUUGCUCGCGCAAGGAGCUGAUAUUCUAGUUAAUUCAGAGCAGAGCUCGUGAGUUGGAUAAGAUACAAUGAGAACCGGCGUGUAAUUGCUUAGUUGAACAGGGAGAGGAAAGAGUUUUUAUCUUUUUCCAAUUUGCAUUUGCGUACAACCUUGAUGAUCAAAUAUUUUUGCAUGCUUGUUUUGCCUUCUUUCUUUUGUCAUUUUUAAGCUGUGAGGGACAAUGUAGUUCUUCGAGUUUGUCCUACUCUCUGCUCCCGCCGUGCCAUGUCUCGUUACCGUCUUUGUCGAUCUCAUCCUAUUCAAUUCCGGGCAUAUGCGUGAAAUCAGAAGCAGGUGAAGAUUUAGAUUU